AUGGGAGCCAAUGGAGAGCUUGUGGGGCUUGGGAAUGUGCUGUUGGUUGAAGGUUUGUCCGCUAACCUUCUUUCUGUGCGCCGGCUGCAGAAGAGCAAGGCUGAAGUUACCUUCGGCCCAACCAGCUGCCGUGCAAAGCUUGGGAAGUUGCUGCUGUGGAACUUGGAGGAGAAGAGCAGCUGCAUCAAGGACCUGUGGCAGCUGCCCAUCAUCCCUUGGAAGGGGAAACCACCAGCAACAACAAAGGCAGCGGGAGCGGCUAAAGCAACUGCGGGAGGAGAGGAGUCUGCACCAACUGCUGGGGCCAUGGAUGCAGUCAAGAAGGUGCAACAGCUACAACAGCCACAUGGUGAGGUGCUUGCUGGUGUGGAUGCGACAGCUGCAUGGGCAAAGGCUUCAUCUGGGAGUGGUGAGGCUGAUUGGGAGACGUGGCAUGAGAGGCUGUGCCAUGUGAACAUUCCUAUGCUGCAGAAGUUGGUUAAGGAUGGGUGCUUGAAGGGGCUGGAGGUGAAGGGGGGAGCAAAGGAGAUUGGGAGCUGCCCUACCUGCCUUGAGACCAAAUUCACGAAGUUUCCCUUCAGCAGCAGCACAGGACCAGCCAAGGCACCACUUGCACUAGUGCACAUGGAUGUGGUGGGCCCCACGAGGGCCCUUUCUCUCUCGGGCAGCCGCUACUUCUUGACAAUUGUGGACGACCACACACGUGCGGUGUGGGUGUACCCUCUCAAGACUAAGGGGGAGGUGGCAGCAGCUGUUCUUAAGGAGUGGAUGCCGAGAGCACAAAGGGAGAGCGGACACAAGGUGAAGGUGAUCCGCACUGACAACGGAGGAGAGUUCAUCGGCGCUGAUUUUGAGAAGGAGCUGAAGCGGAAGGGGAUCCAGCAUCAGCUCACAGUGCCUUACAACCCUCAGCAGAAUGGCGUGGCUGAGCGGUUCAACCGGACUCUGCAGGAAGGUGCUCGCACUCUCCUUGGGCGUGCAGGGCUGCCGGAUCCGUUUUGGGUGACAGCACUGCGGCAGGUCGUUGUUGUGAAGAACCGGGUGCUGGCGACUGUGGGGGACAAGCAAUGGGUCCCCUACACCAAGUGGUAUGGGAGUGCGCCUGCAGUCAACAUGCUGAGAACUUAUGGCUGCAUGGUGGUGUUUCAUGUGCCUAAGGAGAAGAGGGGAAAACUGGAAGCUUCUGGGAGAUGGGGUGUGCACUUGGGGCUUGCUAAGGAUCACAAGGGCUGGCUGAUUUGGGACUUGACCAGCCAGCAGCUGACUGUGUCAAGGGAUGUGAAGUUCCUUGAGUCCUUGUACUACAAAGAGUGGAAGCAGCAGCAGCAGCAGAAGCUUCUUACGACACCGCUAAUUGUCGAGGCCGAUGAGGUGCAGCGGCCUUCGAGGCAGGUGGAGGUUUGUGUCUCCAAGGAGGAGAUCUCUGGGGUGACUGAUGAUGGGGGGGAACCUGAGGUGGAGCAGCAGCAGCAGCAGCAGCAGGAGGAGCAAGGUGCUCCACAAGCCAAAGGUGGUGAGGGCUGGGAGUGUGGCUGA